UUUGUUGAGAAGUUCAACCCUAACGUGCACCAGUCAGUGGGUGGGUCAAGUGAUCCUUGAAAAUUUUAUCUAUAAUGACUACUACCGAUUUUGGUCGUCAUCAGUACUACUACUACGGUCAGGAACCGGCCAGUGUGAAUGUUAAAAUGGAACAACUGGAAUCGCACAUUCAUCCGGAGGAUUACUACUUUCCUGGUACAAUCAGCGGCCAAGGUUUGGCUCUAUCCAGCAUGAUGUUGCCUCAGAACUACGAAUCACCUGUCAACUACCCGGACAAUUGGAUGACUCCCUCGCCCUCCAGCUUCGGAUCGGAGAGUCCCGAUUACUACUCCAUAAGUUCACCAGCUUUCAUCGACGUCGAAGAAUGUAAAGAGAAUCUACUGAAGCAAGCCGCUCAGCAGCAGACACUUCCACUGUCGCCAACCAUUCCAGUUUCUUCUCCGAAUGCUGUAACUACAUGUCUUCCUGUUAAGAAACGCCAAUAUCGUCGAUCGCCCAAAACGAAACCGGAUUCAAUCACCAUCGAAGCACAAGCCACACUUUCCUCGGAUCUCUCUUGCAAUACGUUGAUCUAUCCGAAAGCAACGGGUCUGUCCGCCGUGCCGAUCUUCCCCGGUGAUGGACAAACGGCAGCGAUCGCGAUGGGAAAACGGAAGCGGAAACCCGUUUCGGUGCAGAUCAAAAAGAAGCGCCGUCUGGCCGCGAAUGCACGCGAGCGCAAACGUAUGCAGAGCCUGAACGAUGCAUUCGACCGGUUGCGCCAAUAUUUGCCCAGUUUGGGUAACGAUCGGCAGUUGUCCAAGCACGAGACCCUGCAGAUGGCGCAAACAUACAUUACGGCACUGUGCGAUCUGUUGCAGUGAGUUUUCUGUCUGUUUGUCGCGGGAGCUCCUAGCAGG